UACGGAACUGAGAAUAACAAACGCUCGCAGCGAGUCCCCGCUAUCUUGUGAUUUGUUCCCUUGAGAGAACGAAUUGCAUUCAUUUCCCAUCGUUCCCUGCGCAGAACCCAUUAGAAGUGAGGGCGCGAACGAGACGGUCCUGAAAUUCUCGAAAUUCUCCGUGCUGGUGGGAACAAGCUCAACGCGUCGGUGUCGUGUGUGUCGACAGCAGCUACAUCGGAAAUCGUUCAAGAUACCCGAGUGUCUCAUCUUUGCUGCGGCUGCUGCUGCUGUUGUUGUUGUUUCGUCACCGCCGGCGCCGAGUCCACUAAAACGACACCGACAUUAUAAUCGUCGCUCUGAUUUCGUGAAAAAUGCGAUAAUUGCACUCAAUCGGUAAUUGAUCGCUGAGUCGAUCGCCGUGCUCGGCGUGAGCAUGUCGGUCCACUACAAAUUCAAGUCCUCGAAGGACUUCGAUACGGUAACGUUCGAUGGACUCCACAUCUCCAUCGGGGAGCUGAAGAAAAACAUAAUCCAGCAGAAGAAGAUCGGGAAGGGGGCCGACUAUGAGCUACAGAUUACCAAUGCUCAAACGAAGGAGGUGUACGAAAGUGAUGAGGUUCUCGUGCCAAAGAACACAUCGGUGCUCGUCUCCCGGAUUCCGAUAGUGGGCGCAAACAAGAAGAAUUGGCAUCGCGAAACAUCGGACGCGGACGCGCUUUUGGACGCCGAGGUUGCUGCUAGUAGCGCCGAUUCCCAUGGCGCAGCGGAUAAUCUCAAGGUCGCGGAUAUCGCUGCAUCUUCUGCGUCGGAGGAAGACAAGAUCAAGGCUAUGAUAUCGCAGUCGUCAACGGAAUUCGACUCGUCCAAGUUUGUCAAGAAACCCUUCGUUGGUCCACCACCUGCUUCAUACGUUUGCUACAAAUGCUUCAAACCUGGCCACUGGAUUCACAAGUGUCCGCAUCCGCCCGCGGAAAAAUCUGCCAUGCGUAUUGAAGUCAAACGGAGCACGGGGAUCCCGAGGAGCUUCAUGAAAACUGUGGACGAUCCGACUCACAAGGGUGUGAUGUUCUCCACGAAUGGAGAGCUUGUGAUUCCAGUCCUCGAUGCACAAGCCUAUAAAGAGAAGAAAAUCGAGAAGCCACCAUUCGUACCUGAUCUUGACGCAAAACCAAUCGUCGAGGAAAAAGCCCCUAUACCAGAGGACCUACAAUGUUGGAUCUGCAAGGACUUACUCACAGAUGCGGUUCUGAUACCUUGUUGUGGAACUUGCUUCUGUGACGAGUGUAUUCGCUUCGCGCUCCUGGAAUCAGAUCACCACGAGUGUCCGGUGUGUCACGAGCUAGAUCAGACUCCGGAUAAGUUAAUUCCCAAUCGCUUCCUGAGGAGCAAAGUCAGCCGCUUGAGAGGGAAUCUGCAGAAGAAGAAAGAGGACUCUUUCCCUGCCGCGGCACCUACCGCUGCCGCUGGCUCUGAGGAUACGAAACCAAUUCUGAAAGAGGAAUCAUCUCAGUCGAACGAUGCGGUUGUCGAAAUCAAGCGAGAAGUCAAGACAGAGCCGCUCCCAAAACAGCCGGAGGUCGCCGCUGAUCACGGCGAUGACUUGGCUUCGUCGCUCAGCCCCGACGAUAAGUCUCAGAAAGCAACGUCACCUGAGCAUCAUGACAAGGAAAACGCCGAUAAGUUCCGCGAUAAAGAGAAAGUGGAAGUUCUCUCAGGAGAGAGAGAUUUUCGCGAGAGGGACGACCGAUGGCCUCCGCGUUGGAGACCAGGAGAUCCUAGGGAUUCGAGAGAGCCUCGACCGUUUGACAGGGACAGGAGGCGAUAUAAUUCCGACUACCCUCCCCAGGAUCGUUCCCCACCUCGGUAUCGUAGAACCUACAGGGAGUUUUCACCUCCGCGGAGGGGCAUGCCGAGACCUCCCGAUAUACCAGGCACAGAGAACGGUCCGUAUCAACCACUCAAUCCACCACCGAUGCCUUUCCCUCAAUUCGCGAUGCCCCCGUCGGGCUACCCUCCCCAACCGCCCAGUCAACAGCCCCCACCACCAGGUAUAUUCUCCCUUAUCUUAUCGUGUUUUCCGCGGGCUCCAGGUCUAGGUGCGCCGAUACUACCGACAUUCCCCGUCGGCUUCCCACCCAUGGGAAUGAUGCAUGGUAUGCCGAUGCCGAUACCGUCGAAGCAGGCUCAACGUGAAGCUCUUGAAGAAUUCGAAAAGAAAUUGAGUGAAAUGCGGCAUGGCCGAAGAAGAAGAUCUCCUUCUCCGAUGCGUCGUAGGAGAUAUUCGCGGAGUAGGAGUCGCUCGUUCUCGCCCCGGGGCGCGCCACCGAGACGGAGGAGCCGAUCGAACUCACGCGGUAGAAUGCGAGGAUCGCCUACACGACGAAGGUCUAAGAGUCGCUCGCCGUACGGAAGAUAUGCGAGGACUCCAUCCAGGGAAAGAGAACGCGGAGACAGGUUCCGAGGUGGAGGAUCGCCCGAGUACACCAGACCGCUCCAAUUGAACUCGCGAAGGUUCUCCCCUGGCAGAUCCCCUCCGAGAAGAAGGUCCACAGAAAGAAAUUUUGACUCCCCCUCGAAGAGGUACAGGGAGAGAUCCCGUGAUAGGUCGAUCAGUCCACGCGGGGUCAGACGUCGCUCGAAAUCCAUAGGACGCCAGCGACAGAAGUCAGGAACGCCUGUCUCGUUGGAAGCGAAGCGGACGACGUCCUCCACAAAAAGGAAAUCUUCGCCUAUCGAAGCGUCACCUACCGAUAAGAAGAAGAAGAAACGCAAGACCAAGAGCGGUGAGGAAGACGUGGAGAAAGAUCGGGACGGCGGUAAGAAAAAGAAGAAGAAGGAGAAACGCAAGAAGACCAAGGAUGUACAGGAGGCGGAUACCACCCAACCCGAAAAAGAAGACCGAGAAGGAAGUGUUCCUGUUGUGGCCAAGAUCGAAGACUCAAUAGAAGAAGGAAAGCUUCAAGACGAAACCGAAGAGAGCACACUACCGAACAGUCCGGACGAGGGCGCCAACAGCGUCCGUGGAAAAUCUGCGGACCGUAGUCCGCUGCUUGAGCACGAUAAUUCAGCAUCGCAUUCCAAAGGCUCACCAGACCAAGAGAGAACUCAGAAGAUCCCUUCACCUGAACGACCCGCUGUCGAGAAAUCGAAGUGGGAACGUUCGAGCUCAAGCGAGAGAGAGUCUAGUCCAGUCGCUCCGUUGGCCGCGCCGAAAACGGAGCUCAAAUCCCGCAUCACGUCGGAAGUCAUCCAGAAAGCCGAGACGGCAAUCGCGUCGAAGCCCCCGCGUAUUCAACCGCCGCCGUCGAGUAGCGGUGUAUCGAGCAAGAUCAUUUCGUUGAAACCCAUAAAGAGUCGUCUCGGCGAACAGUUGAAGGAGAAAGACGUUUUCCAACAUCAUCACUCUCAUCAGCAGCAGAGUGAACAACAUCAGCGGGACACACCCAAAAGAGACAACAGUAUACAGAUUACGAUCCAUAACGACAAACCGAAGCGAAAACCGAUACGGCCGCCAUCGCCGUCGCCUACGAGAGACGGCAAGAAACUCGAUCGGAAGAAAAGCGUCGAGAAAGAAGAUCGACGUGGCGCUGAACGAGACAAGCAGCACCGGGCCAGUCCCGAGAGGGAGAGUAGUCGCGUGAGGAAAGAUCAGGGUAGUCGAGACGAUGGGAGACGACGAGAAGAGCCAAGUCGAAGCGAUCGUCGGAAAUCCCCCGCUAGGGAGAAGGAACGUGGCGUUGUCACGCAGACGACUUCGUCGAGACCUCGGAGCAGGUCACGUGAAAGAGAUCGACGCGAGAGGAGCCGUUCUUUCGAGCGUCGGGAGCGUGACAGACUGAGGGAGCGUGAGAAACAGCUGAGAAGAGAGCGAAGGAGACGUGAAGAGCUCGAGAGGGAGCUCGAACAGAAGAGAAAACUAGAGGAAGAAAUCGAACGGGAGCGACGUAAGCGGGAGCAGCUCGAGAGGGAACUUCAAUUGAGUCGUCGAGAGAAAACACGAGAUUCUCGAGACGUGUCGCGGACCUCUGACAGCAGGGAUAAGAAACGAAGGAAUCGCAGUCCUUCUCCUCCCCACAGUGACCGGGAGCGCUCAUCGAAACGAUCCCGAACCCCGCGGAAAGAGAUCGAAGAGAGAAGACCAGCGCAUAACUCCCAAGGUGACACUUCACAAAACAAGAAGACUGUCGAUGACGAGACACAGAGCGCGCCGCCGGUCAAAAGCGCUCCUGCGCUCGCCGGCCACGAUCUGGAUCUCUCAUUUGAGCCGGAUUACGACCUGGAUGUGGAGCCAGACAAGAAAUGCUCACCGGUCACCCCAGAAAUUUCGGAGAUGUCGGCCACGAAGAAGAACGAGCGGGACGACAGUUCUGAUUCGAGCUCGUCCUCAUCCGAUGAUGAUUCCGACGGUGACGGGGAUCGCACCAGACGGAAGAAACAUCGCAAGCACAAGAAGAACAAACACAAGAAGGCGAAAAAAAGCAAGAAAGUUAAGAGUUGA